GCAAAGGAGAACGCAGAGUGGGUGAAGAAGGGAGAAAAGGAAGGGGAAAGAGAUAGUUUCCAGGAAUUCUGCAAGUCGUAGUUAUUUUCUAUCGGGGCCAAAGCCAGAGCCUCUCGUUCAGGACCAUGGACAGAGACAUCAGCGUUGUUCUGGGGCCGAUUGAUGCUGCAGCUUUUCUGCACAUCUGGCAGCGCUUUGAUGUAGAUGAUAAUGGGUACAUAGAAGGGAAGGAACUUGAUGAUUUCUUUCGUCAUUUACUGGGGAAGAUGGGUACUGAGGAAGCUGUAGCAGAGGAGAAACUUCAAGAGGUGAAAAAACGUUUCUUGGCUGCCUAUGGCAUCUCUGAAGAUGGUCACCUGCAGAUACAAGAGCUUGCCAGCAUAAUCUUGCCAGAAGAUGAAAAUUUUCUUUUGCUCUUUCGUCGAGAAACUCCCUUGGAUAACAGUGUGGAGUUUAUGCAGAUUUGGCGCAAAUAUGAUGCUGAUAGCAGUGGAUUUAUCUCAGCUGGGGAGCUCCAGAAUUUUCUUCGAGAUCUCUUCCUACAUCACAAAAAACUCAUUCCUGAGGCCAAACUGGGUGAAUAUACUGAUACCAUGAUGAAGAUCUUUGACAAAAACAAAGAUGGCCGGUUGGAUCUGAAUGACUUAGCAAGAAUUCUGGCUCUCCAGGAAAACUUCCUACUUCAAUUUAAAAUGGAUGCCUGUAGUACUGAAGAAAGAAAGAGGGAUUUUGAGAAAAUCUUUGCGCAUUACGAUGUUAGUAAAACUGGAGCUUUAGAAGGCCCAGAAGUGGAUGGAUUUGUCAAAGAUAUGAUGGAACUUGUCAAGCCCAGCAUCAGUGGAGUAGACUUGGAUAAGUUUCGAGAGAUUUUGCUCCGUCACUGCGAUGUGAACAAGGAUGGGAAAAUUCAGAAGUCUGAGCUGGCAUUGUGUCUCGGAUUAAAAGUCAGCCCCUAAUCAUCAGUGAUCUUGAUCCUGUGCUCUGUGUAUAUUUGUGUGUCAGCCCCUGCUGGUAGAAUUGUUAUCUAAUCUCUACUAAUAGUAUUUUGGUGGGUCUCAUGUAAUUCUUCCCAUAAAUGUUCAAGGGUAGCAAUGAGUGAGAGUAGGGGGAGUUGCCAAAGGGUCUUCCUUGCAAUGUUGGGAUAAUUGUCCAGGCCUUGAAGGGAAGUCACCUAAAGAAUUGGUCUCACUUUUAUAAAUCAAACUUUUCUGCCUCUCAUGAAAUUCAUCUAGCCCACAAUGACUACCUUUCUGACUAUCUUGUUAUCACUCACUCCAUCCUAGGGUAGGUAUUUCCUGAGCAUUGUAUUUUUGUCCCUUUAUGGCUGUUGGGCAUCCCCAGCUUCCUGUGAAGAUUAAAUUAGUGUGCUGUGUAAAUGUCUGUUCUGUCAUUUGUGCAAAUAACACUGGAAAUUAAAAUAAACCCUGGAACUAGAUUAAA